UUCUUUUGGGCCAUCGGCCAGUUCCACGUUCACGGCCAUCAAAAUUGGUGUUACGCUCGGCAUUCGCUGAGCUUCGUUCCCAACGUCGGCCAUCAAGAUGGUGAAGUUGUCGAAACCCUCUGGAAGCCAUUGAAUUUUAUUAAGGACAGUAUUCGUGGGAUGGCUACGUCGCAUCGCAAAGAGGUUAUCGACGCUCACAUGCAAGAUUCGAAUUGGAUGAAGCUCUGUCGUCUA